AGUGGGACUUGCAGAUAUGAUUUUAAGUAUAUUGGUAUUUUUCGGUGGAUAUUAUGCCUGUUUGGCAAGGGUUCCUGUCACGACGGUCCAGAAAUCAUUGCCAGUGCCAAGUCCAGGGAUCCAAUCUCCAAAUCGAUCACCUAUUAUUCCGGUUCCAGUGAUUAACCAUUGGAACUCCUGGAAUCAACCAACUCCGUACAGCGUAGCUACGAAUACAUUCAUUCCAGAAAACGUCCUCUUCUGUCCCAUGUGCACCAGCAGCACCAGCUGGGACCACUGCAACCCCACAGUUCUGCCUUGUGGCUCGAGUUGGGACAACAAGUAUCACAGUUUAAUAGCUGGGGUCAAUCCAUCGGUACCGAAGGACACGCCGGAUCGUCACUGGUUCCAGUGCAUGAAGAUUGCCUUUCAAACAGCUACCGUGAGUAAUGGUACGUUGCAGUUCUUCGUUGCUGGCUGUGGAUACGGGGGUGUCGACUACUGCCGCGGCUGGGACGACGGAUUCUCCCAAGUGAUGACGUGUGAGUCAUGCCAGUUUGGAUGCGGCGCAAGUGGUGGUAGUAGAAGCAGUGAAUCGUUUUAUUUUGUAGUAACUUGUUUUGUGUUACUAUUAAAGUUGAUGUUUUGAAGAAAUUGGCCAAUUUACAAAGUUCCCAAAUCCCCCGUUAAUGAAGUUCUCAUUCCGGAAAUCCAAACUAGCCAUUUCGGGUCGGUGCAUUCCAGAGUCACCAGGAAAAUCACCUUUUCUGUACUUUUUUUUCCUACCAAUUUGACGUAAAAGCUCGAAAAGCAACUGUGUGCAGGGGUUUAGGAGGGGAAGGGGGUGGUCAUUGGCCAUAACAAUAAUCAUUAGAUCAGAAUCAGAGUGUGAGUUUGUAAACGUGGGUUUGUAUGUAAAGUAGCUGUAGACGAGUCAGUAACCAGCAGAAGCACUUUUAUCGCCCAGUUGGGGGUGGAUUUGUGUGAACAUGAAUGGAUGUAGGUGUGGGUUUGUGUAAGUGUGUACUUCCUCAUCAACUCAACCUAACCUAACUUUCAUUUCGCGAGACUCGCCGUCGUUACAGGACAACAAAAAAAACUGCUCGAGGCACACGGAAAGGCGAGCUUGAUUAUGGCAUUUUUAUACUGAGAGGAAAAAAAAGAAUCCUGCACGAACAUGGUUUGUUGUGUUUGAAUUUGCAUAACAUAUUUGGCGAGGGGUUGGAGCUUGGAAUAAGGAAGUGAGGGGUCACAUGUACAGACAUCAAUGGCACUUGUUGAUAAUAAGAUUUUACUGACAUGAUCAUCAUAACCUUAAUUAGAUUAGUUUAGUAUGCAUAUGGAAAAAAGUACUCUAUACAAGCGUGUUAAACCGUAUGUUUUGCAAUUCCUUGCCUUCAGCAUAAUAAACAUUGAUUUUUGACUCACAAUUAAUUAGAUUUUUUUGAAAAAUUCUUGCACCUUUUCCAAACUAUUAUUUUGGUGUAUUUUCAUGCAUCUUUAAAUUGCUAUUCAUACCCAAGUCCUUCGAAGAAAAUCAGGCAAGAAACCCCCAACUACUUCCAGCAUUAACAUAAACAUUAUUAUAAUCACACCCGGCAGGAGUCAGGCUCGGCGGCGGUCAACCAUGACUCUUGCUGUAAGUUCCAGCCGCCCAAGAGGUCUUCCCUCACUCUUCUGGAACAAGGUGCAGACACCAGGAGUUGUUGGACAUCGUAAGGGGUCAUUUAUGAAUCGCUAAACUAUGGGUUAUGAAGUUCAUACUGUAACCUUAUUUAAACAUAAUGAUUUAAUUCAAGACAAAAAAAACAAUGUCUAGAGACAACAUUCAGAGUCAUUUAUGGACUGUCCCCUUAGAGUGAAGAACUACAUGUAUAAAUGUAAAACAUACACAGAAAAAAAUAUGUAAAUUUGGAAAAUGAUAUUUUGGAAGGUUAAAAAUUACCUCAAUUUAGACUGUUAAAGUAACAUAACAUCAGAAAAGUGGUAAAAUUACACAUUACAGACGCACAAUUACAUAUUUUUUCUGACAUAAAAGAUGUAUGUGUAGAUAUUACCAUGAUUUUUUGACUGUGUACUGGUUGCAUGAUUAGGCUUUAAAAUUAAUGUAAAACAGAGUUUUUGGGUUGUUGUGGUUAUUUUUUCUUUCUUAGAUUACUUCAAUACUUGCCGCUGGAGCCAGCUGGAGGUUUUAGAAAGUGCUGCUACAAGAGUUGGAACAACUAAGCUAAUCCACAGGCUGUUGCCAGACAUCUUUAUAAACUGUUGGAUGGACAUGGUGCCAGUUGAAUGCUUCGUCUUAUGUUGUCUGGACUUUUUUUUAAAUAUAUUUUUGGUUCUUGAAUAAACGUCACACAUUUCAUUUCAGAAUUGUCAUGUAACAAUACCCUGAGCAAACAAAAAAAUCAUUUUCAGCUGUGAAAAUAUUUAAAUCCCUUGCAAUCUUAAAUUUCAAUAGGUUGUGGUUAAAAGAAAACAAAUUCCUCGAGCAGAAAACUCCUAAUCCAAGCUGGUUGGAUUACCAACCCCCAGCUCAACUCUUCUAUCUGAUUUAAUCAGUCGCCCACCCCAAGGGAGGAGACUUUCCUGUUCGAAGCAAACCCAAACUGUAAAAUAAUAACAUUUCUCUUCGAAUCUAAUUAGACCUGGUCCGGGGAAAACUGUGCCCUUAGCAAGCACCGUAAAACCCACUUAAGCCCUGCGCACCCCAUAUAAUUGGGAUUUACUUUGAGGGGGAGAACUCCAUAAAAGAAAACGAAACGAUGCUCUUAUUCUGGGCCGAUUCUUCUGCGGCAAACCAAAGCCCGAAAAAAAUGUCGGGGUUUUCUUAUCUUUGGACGGAGCAAAUCUGCGCGGCGAAUAAAAGAGCGGUACAAACAAUUCGGGUCUUAUAAUUCAGCAGACGGACUUAUCUGGUUACUGCACUACCAGAUGUAGUGGCGGUGG